AUGUUGAGAAAAUAUUACUAUUCAGGUUUUGUUUCUCCUACGAAGUUCUGCAAACUCCACUCGUCUGAGCCCCUCAAGCUCUUCUGUCUCACCUGUGUCCAGCUCACCUGUAGAGACUGUCAGCUGGUGUCUCAUAAGAACCACAGUUUCGGUUUCGUCAGCGAAGUAUCAGAAAAUCUGAAGAAGCAGCUGGACUCCUACAGACAGCUGCUCGGACAAAAGAUGGAAGAAUCAACAAGAAGUCUGCGGGACAUGGAGACUAGGUUGAAGUUUCUGGCUUGCUGUGAGCUCUUCCAGACAGUUGAUCUGCAGCGAGUUUUCAAAAUGUUGGUUCAGUUUCUGAAAAGAAGAUUCGACAGUCUCCUCAAAGAGAUUCGGAAGGUCUACGAGUCUGAGAAGGAGAUGAUCAAAGACAGGAUGCUGAAGGUGAAGCAGCUGCAGGAGAGUCACAGAUCGGUGAGCGGCGCUGUCCAAAAAGCCCGGAACACAACGGACCUGCUGGUUCUGUUGAACUGCACAGAACAGGUCAAGCCUCGGCUGAUGGAUCUGGUCCGCCAGGACUUGUCUCCUCCUCCGAACAUGACCAACGUGAGCAUCCACACUGACAGUAAAUUUGUGGAAGACUUGCUAACAUUUGGUAAAGUUCAGGAGUCAUGGAUUCCUUUCUCUGUGUCUGAACAGCUCACAAAAGAGAUGGAGAAACUCUCAGAUCUUUCUUUGUCCUCCUCCCCACUAACCGUCACUCCUCCAGCUACCAGCAGCCAACUCCUCUCCUCUUUUACAUCCGUCAGUAACAGUGUUUUCAGUCCUGCGUCAUCCAAAACGAACUCGAUCACCACCUCCUCUUCCUCCUCCAUCCAGUCAGGGUUCUCCUCCAAGACCAACCCUCAGACCAGGACCAGUACUGAUGCUAGUCAACCUGUUCAGGUCAGUCAUUCAACUUCCCAUCAGAGUUACCCUCGUUUGUUCUCCUCAUCAAACUUAUUAUCCUCCAGCCUCACAUUUUCUAAUCCCAAUACCAGAGAGAACCCAGUCAGUUUGGUUGCAUCUGUUUCUCCUUUCACUAUGAGGUCUCCUCCAUCUUCCUCUGCUCUGACCUCCGACUCUCCAUCACUCUCUCAAACUCUGAAUAUCUGUGAUCCCCCCAGAACUACAGUAGACCAUCACUCAGUUUCUGCUUUCCCUUCCACUUUAACUUCCUUGGUUCCACCAAUUUCCAGCCUCGGCUUCCCCAAAGAUCCCCUCACUGGAACCACUAUGUCCACUGUUGUCGACAAUGUCCUUCACAGAAGCAGCCCCAUUUCUCCGUCUUCACAGGCCACCAAAGGUCCUGAAACAUCAGAAAGCAACGUGACAACCCCCAAGUGUCCUGCGUCCUUUGAUAGAAUUAACAUCUUGUCCAGGUCACAGUUGGAGACGGAUGACGAGCCUUCAGCCUUGUCAGAAGAUGAAGAUCCUCCACUGAUCCUGCCUUUGUCUGAAACAUCGGAUAGUGAGAAUGAAGACACAAAGACCAGCAGACAGCAGGACUUCAGUCAGCCCCAGUGGCAGCCCAAAGUGUCUCUGGCCAGACUGCCCGUGCAUCUCCCACCAAGGGCGACCCUCCUGCCAAGUUUUUACUCUGUCCUCCGAGAUGGUAAAGAGGAGAUCUACCUUCAGGAGUCUGUCAUUAAUGUGCCUGAUGACGCCCCGAAUGAUGACUCCAAUGAAGACUUCACAGACCUUCCAUCUUCUCCUGGGUCGCCAUUGUCCUUGGAGAUAAUUUCCUGCGCUGCAUGUUCUUCACCCAACGCAUCAAAAAUCUGCUCAGACUGCGGCCGAGGAUACCACAGGGACUGUCACAUCCCCCCAGUUGGACCUGACAUUUGGUCAGAGUGGAUCUGUUCAUUAUGCCAGGAUUUGACAGACCCUUCAGACCCCUACAGCUCUGACCGAUCACAGAGUCCACAGAGUACCCAGCUCAGCCUGCAGAACCAGCGGAGGUGUGAGACUCUCCUGCUGCACCUGAAGGUCGAAGGCUGCAGGCAGUUCUCCGAGGUCAGUUUAUCCAAACAAGUCCUCGUUGGUACCAAACUGCUUCUGUCUGUGCAGAACCGUUGCCCGAGUCAGAACCAGUUCUUUCAGGAAUGA